AUGAAGGGUGCUCGUCAUCCUACUUCCAGUGUUAUCUCCGACCGACCCUGCACUGAUGCCCUGUUUGUAAAUAACGCGGCUCUCAUCACCUCCGGCGUGGCCUGCAUCAUUCUGCCUCUUGUGACCUCUUACGCCGGCCAGGUGUCCUUUGCGGCCACCUACGGCCUAGCUAUUGGUAAGUGCUUCUAUCCAUGUCCCAGCUCGUCUGUGUCUGGUCUCCCGGGUUGA